AUGGCCUCCCUAUUCUCUGGUCGAGUUCUGAUCUGAAACAACAGUGACCAGGAUGAGCUGGAUACGGAGGGAGAGCUCAGUCGCAGGCUGGACAACCGGCUGGUGCUGCUGUUCUUCGGCGCAGGGUCAUGCCCCCAGUGCCAGGCCUUCGCACCCAUCCUCAGGGACUUCUUCGUUCAGCUCACGGAUGAGUUCUAUGUGCUGCGGGCGGCCCAGCUGGCCCUGGUGUAUGUGUCUCAGGACACCACAGAGGAGCAGCAGGACCUAUUUCUCAAGGAUAUGCCCAAGAAGUGGCUCUUCCUGCCCUUCGAGGAUGAUCUGAGGAGGGACCUCGGACGCCAGUUCUCCGUAGAGCGGUUGCCGGCCGUCGUGGUGCUCAAGCCGAGCGGGGACGUGCUCACGCGCGACGCGGCCGACGAGAUCCGGCGCCUGGGCCCCGCCUGCUUCGCCAACUGGCAGGAGGCAGCCGAGGUGCUGGACCGCAGCUUCCUGCAGCCCGAGGACCUAGACGACCCCGCGCCGCGCAGCCUCACGGAGCCGCUGCGCCGCCGCAAGUACCGCGUGGAACGGGCGGCGCGGGGCGCACACGGCCGGGGUGGAGGGGGCGACCCUCGGGCGGAGGUCGAAGCGGAGGGCAGGGCCGGGGGGCUGUUCUGA